CGCCUCUCACUGAGCCCGUACCUGCCACAGCCAGAACUGAAGGACGCACUUUUUCAGCUAUCAUGCUGCGGAGCGUAUUGGCCGUACGCACUUCCUCCGGCAGCGGCGGUCAGGUAGUCUCUGGUCAGGCAGUGCAGGCAGCGCCUCAGCGGAAGAGCGGGCCUCCAGACUCCAGCGACCAACCCCCGCCCUCCCCACCCCACGUGGUUGGAGGUUUCCAGAAGCGUUCCCACCGCCGCGCAGCGCAGCGCAGCUCCCGGCUGUCCGAGUGACUGUUUGUGGCCUCGUACUCUCACCGUUUAGCCGCCAUGAUAAGCGCCAGCCGAGCCGCGGCAUCCCGUCUCGUCGGCGCUGCAGCCUCCCGGGGCCCCACGGUCUCCCGCCACCAGGAUGGCUGGAAUGGCCUUAGUCAUGAGACUUUUAGAAUUGUCUCAAAGCGGGACUAUGCAUCAGAAGCAAUCAAGGGAGCAGUUGUUGGUAUUGAUUUGGGUACUACCAAUUCCUGUGUGGCCGUUAUGGAAGGUAAACAAGCAAAGGUGCUGGAGAAUGCUGAAGGUGCCAGAACCACCCCUUCAGUUGUAGCCUUUACAACAGAUGGUGAGCGACUUGUUGGCAUGCCUGCCAAGCGACAGGCUGUCACCAACCCAAACAACACAUUCUAUGCUACCAAGCGUCUUAUUGGCCGGCGAUAUGACGACCCUGAAGUCCAGAAAGACAUUAAAAAUGUUCCCUUUAAAAUUGUCCGUGCCUCCAAUGGUGAUGCCUGGGUUGAAGCUCAUGGAAAACUCUAUUCUCCAAGUCAGAUUGGAGCGUUUGUGUUGAUGAAGAUGAAAGAGACUGCAGAAAAUUACCUGGGGCAUACAGCAAAAAAUGCUGUGAUCACAGUCCCAGCUUAUUUCAAUGACUCACAAAGACAGGCCACUAAGGACGCUGGUCAGAUAGCUGGACUGAAUGUGCUUCGGGUGAUUAAUGAACCCACAGCUGCUGCUCUGGCCUAUGGUCUAGACAAAUCGGAAGAUAAAGUCAUUGCUGUAUAUGAUUUGGGUGGUGGAACUUUUGAUAUUUCUGUCCUGGAAAUUCAGAAAGGAGUAUUUGAGGUAAAGUCCACCAAUGGAGACACUUUCUUAGGUGGUGAAGACUUUGACCAGGCCUUGCUACAACACAUUGUGAAGGAGUUUAAAAGAGAGACGGGAGUUGAUUUGACCAAAGACAACAUGGCACUUCAAAGAGUUCGGGAAGCUGCUGAGAAGGCUAAGUGUGAACUCUCCUCAUCUGUGCAGACUGACAUCAACUUGCCAUAUCUUACAAUGGAUGCAUCUGGACCUAAGCAUUUAAAUAUGAAGCUGACCCGGGCUCAGUUUGAGGGGAUUGUCGCUGAGCUAAUCAGGAGGACCAUCGCCCCAUGCCAAAAAGCUAUGCAAGAUGCAGAAGUCAGCAAGAGUGACAUAGGAGAAGUGAUUCUUGUUGGUGGCAUGACUAGAAUGCCCAAGGUUCAGCAGACUGUGCAGGAUCUCUUUGGCAGAGCCCCAAGUAAAGCUGUCAAUCCUGAUGAGGCUGUGGCCAUGGGAGCUGCCAUUCAGGGAGGUGUCUUGGCUGGUGAUGUCACAGAUGUGCUGCUACUGGAUGUCACUCCCCUUUCUUUGGGUAUUGAGACUCUGGGAGGUGUAUUUACCAAACUUAUUAACAGGAACACCACUAUUCCAACCAAGAAAAGUCAGGUGUUUUCUACAGCCGCUGAUGGUCAGACUCAGGUGGAGAUUAAAGUGUGCCAGGGUGAGAGAGAGAUGGCUGGAGACAACAAACUUCUUGGACAGUUUACUUUGAUUGGAAUCCCCCCAGCCCCACGUGGAGUCCCUCAGAUUGAAGUUACAUUUGACAUUGAUGCCAAUGGGAUUGUACAUGUUUCUGCCAAAGAUAAGGGUACAGGACGCGAGCAGCAGAUUGUGAUCCAGUCUUCUGGUGGGUUAAGCAAAGAUGAUAUUGAAAAUAUGGUUAAGAACGCAGAGAAGUAUGCUGAGGAAGACAGGCGAAAGAAGGAACGAGUUGAAGCAGUUAAUAUGGCUGAAGGAAUCAUCCAUGAUACAGAAAGCAAGAUGGAGGAAUACAAGGACCAACUGCCUGCUGAUGAGUGCAACAAACUAAAAGAGGAGAUUUCCAAAAUGAGAGAGCUCCUGGCUCGAAAAGAUAGUGAAACUGGAGAAAACAUAAGGCAGGCAGCAUCUUCCCUUCAGCAAGCAUCAUUGAAGCUCUUCGAAAUGGCAUACAAAAAGAUGGCCUCUGAGCGAGAAGGCUCUGGAAGUUCUAGUGCUGGGGAACAAAAGGAAGAUCAAAAAGAGGAGAAACAGUAAUAACAGUAAACUUUGGAGCCAAAAGGACAACAUAUGGCGCUUGGGAGUGAAGGGACUUCCUGAGCAGAAAUGGGCAGACUUCGUCUUUUACUGUGUUUUUGCAGUAUUCUAUAUAUAAUUCCCUUAAUAUGUAAAUUUAGUGACUUAGCUAAUGAUCAUUUAAUGAGUGGUAAUUCCAACAGUAACAAAGCUCACAAUGUUCUGUCUGUCCCUAGCCUAUCAUUUUUUAGCUGCACGAAAAGGGAAGGUGAUGAUUUAUUGAUUGUAAAGACUUAACAUUGUUUUGUGCUGAAAUACCUCUAUUUCCAAGGGGUGAAACCAUCCCACACACAACAAUGAAGGUAGUCAGACCUGGAAUAAAACCAACUGGGGAUUUAAGACACUCAACUGCCAUACCAGCCUGUGUGUAUACAUGGGAUCCUUCAACUGAGGCCUUGCAAGACAAGCCUGUUGUGUCACAUUCAGAGGUAGAGCAGGGGAAGCUAAGCUAUUUAUGUUAGGUACAGCUUUUAAACAAGGUAAUAAGGCUCCCUAAUUUUCCUAUGGCACACUUUUAUAGCUACCUUCUGGCCUUUGGCACCUGUACCCUGGAUUAUUCUUUUUGAUCCAUUCUGGAUUUUUUUUAAAAAUAAAUAUGAAAAGCAUCUUGAUCUCUUGUUUGUGAGGGGUGAGGCUAAGUA